AUGGCGUCCGUAGACAGAGGACAAAUUGCGACGGUAAACAUGUGUCUUAGCCCAAAUUCCAAUCUUGUUCAACGAACAAUUGAUUUAAAUUAUGCGAAACAGAAGAGAACUACCUCAAUAAAAUGGUUCUUCGUAAAUGUUUUUUUCUUCCUUUUGUUCACCUAUGAUUUGACAUGUACUGGUCCUUGCCCUGCAUCGUUGGCCCGUUACACAGAACUAGCUUUGGCAGGCAUUGCAUGCGCAAGUGCAUUUCGACAUGCAAUCUGCCUCUUACCACGCAAAACUCCGCCUCCCGCACAGGUCUCAAGACAACAGCUGCGCCUUUUAGGACUCAACGAGACAGACCUAGAUUCGUCGCUGGUGUUGUCCGAGGCAAGCUCGUGCAGCGCGGCGGGCGCGGCCGCGGCCAGCGACGCCGAGCUGUCGCUGUCGCUGUCGCCGCGGCGCUGGUGCGAGCCCCCCGCCCCCCUCGCCCCCGCCCUCCCCGCCCUCCUCCCCGCACUCGCCAUCCUCCCCGCCCUCCCCUCCGUCACCGCCUUUCGCGCCACCCCUCGACGCACUACGCGGCGCGGGAGGGCGCGGCGGCGGGCGCGGGGGGCGGGCGGCGAGCCGCGGCCCCCCGCCGCCCCCCACGCCCCCCACGCCCCCGCCUACCAGCUGGCGCCACUCGACUCCGAGACCGGCAAGCUUGAGGAAGGUUCACCAGAGGGAUCGCCCCAAAUUUACUGGCAGCUCGACAUCGACCCGCAAAAACUUACGCAGUGGAACUUAAAUUUACGACUCUGGAUCCACAUCACGAUCCUGGAGCGGCUGGUUCGCGCGUUGGACGAGGUGGACGCGGAGCUGAUGCGGCUGGGGCUGGGCGAGGCGCGGCCCGGGCUGGCCAGCGCUGAGCGGCUGCGCCAGCUGGCGGCCGCGCUACCGCUGGGCUCGCUGGCCGCGCUGCUGCCCUACCUGGAGCCCUUCCCCGACCAGCGCUACGUCGUGCGCCGCAUCCGCGACCUGGCCCGAGCUCCUUGCCUCAGCAACUACCGCUGGGACGCUGGGGCCUCCGACUGGGACCCCACUCAGCCCACUGAUGCCGAUAUUAUCCUGCACCUCUUCGCUACGUACCUAGAUGGACAGAUGGUGCAGAGCGGCAACCCACGGCCGUUCAGCUCGCAGUACUUGAGCGUGGGCGGGGCGGGCGCCGGCGUGGGCUCGCUGGCGCUGCACCGCGUGAGCUCGCGGCCGCCGCAGUUCGCGCUGGCGCUGGGCGGCGAGCUGGUGGGCGUGCCGCGUGGCCGCGCCAACCUGCUGCACGCGCUGCUGCUGCUGCUGGCCGCCGCCGCGCGCCGCCGCCCGCCCGCCCUUGCGCGCACGCACCUCGGCCCCGCCGGUCUCAACAUGCUCUGGAUCAUCGGCCGCUGA